AUGGGAGGGUGUUGCUGCAGCCAGGUUUCAGUACAUGAGGUGGAAUGUGAACAUGGUGGGGAGCGUAUCAUGUUAAGAGGGUCCUCUGAGUUUAUAUCAAUGUACAGUAAAAAGGGUUCAAAAGGAGUUAACCAAGAUGCAUUGACUGUGUGGAAGGACUUCAGUGGAAAGAAGGACAUGAUCUUUUGUGGGGUGUUUGAUGGUCAUGGUCCUCUGGGACACAAGUUUUCAAAUUCUAUACGUGACAAAUUACCCUUAAAACUCUCAGCAUCAAUCAAGCAGUCACAACAAAAGGCCAUCAAAGACAAUGAUACUAAUGAAACAGACGUAAUUAGUCAUAGUAAUGUCUAUGCUGAGGAUAACCAAAACAUGUCCUUUUCUUCAUGGGAGGGAAGCUUCAUGAGAUGCUUCAGUGAAAUGGAUGAAGACCUUGCAAAAAACAUAGACACUAAAGGAUUUCGUGGCGGUAGCACUGCUGUAACUGUUAUCAAACAGGAAGACGAAUUAAUAAUUGGAAACUUGGGGGAUUCUCGUGCAGUUCUUUGCAGAAGAGCAGAUGACAACAAUCUUGUUCCUGUUCAACUUACUGUUGACUUGACCCCAGAUAUUCCAAGUGAAGCUUUAAGAAUAUUUAAUUGUGGAGGUAGAAUUUUUUCUACAAAACAAGAUCCAAGUGUAAAUAGAAUAUGGAGGUCAAACGGGGAUCGUCCUGGUCUAGCUAUGGCAAGAGCCUUCGGAAAUUUCUGCCUAAAAGAUUAUGGUCUCAUAUCAGUCCCGGAUCUAUCAUACAGAAAACUUACCAAGCAGGAUGAGUUUGUGGUUUUGGCCUCUGAUGGGGUAUGGGAUGUGCUAACUAACAGUGAAGUAAUAAACAUAGUUGCUUCAGCACCGAAAAGGUCCAUGGCAGCCAAAUUGUUAGUGAACCACGCAGUUCAAGCUUGGAGACGCACGUGUGUUUUGACGGUUGAUGAUUGCACAGCUAUAUGCCUUUUCUUGAAGGAUUAGACUGUUCUGAUUCAAUCCUGAUCCGAUGGUCUUAGAUCCCCUGGUUUUGGUUGUAAUGUGGCGUAUCCAUGCUAUGCUGCUAACAGGAGGAGGAGGAAUAGUGGUGCUGAUGACAUCGCGGAGGCCAUUCAUCGGAUGGUGGAUGCAAUGCAAACACCGGUGACAGCGCAGCUUAGGACAGCCAUUGCACCUGUCAGAGUGCCAACUGUGGAGGACUUCUUGCACCACAAACCAGCGGAGUUCAAUGGCAAGGCCUCUUCGGAUGAAGCGGAUGCUUGGCUCCGCAAGUGUGAGAAGAUUUUUAAAGUGAUGAAUUGCCCUGAUGAGCAGAAGUUACUUUUCGCCACUUAUCUGCUGAACGACGACGUGGAGUAUUGGUGGACGGGAAUGCAACAACAGAUGCAGACCCGAGAUGAACAGGUGGAGUUGACUAGCUUCAGGACGCAGUUCCUGGAGAAAUAUUUCCCCGACACAGCCAGACAGGACCGGGAGGCAAAGUUCCUCGCACUACAGUAG